UGCAUUCUUCCACCCUGUUUUGCCUUUGGCCACCUGCCUGCCUGCCUGCCUGCUUACAUAUAGGUAGGUAUGUACGUGGCAUGGCAUACACCCAUGUACAUUGUAGACACGGCAACCUAUCAGACAUGAUAAUCGCAGGCAUUGUCUCUGUUGAACUUCAGCGUUGGGAAGUAUCUCCACCCUAUUCAUCAUGUACCUGCCUAAGUACCUUUACUUUGUUCGAGAUGCUUACAUGCAGGCUCUUUUACUAUUUUCUCUAAAUUCAUCAGCCCCCUCCCUCUCGUCGCUAAUCUCGACGGCAUACGAUUUCUAACUGUCUUUUACAGUUGCUCAGCCAGAAGAGUACCUUUCACCGCUUCAACCAGUACAUCUUGCGAUAUGUCGGACUACUUCCCCAGCAUGCCAGUCACACUUGACAACCUCGACUCCCUUGAGUACCCCCCAUCUUGGGCGUACAACUACGACAAGGACCACUCGGACAACAUCUUUUCAGCCAACCAGGGAGACCAGAGCCCUGCCAUCUAUCCCGACACCUCCUCGUCACUGCAGAUGUCGCCCGACGCUACGGCAGCCCCCGGCGGAUUGUGAGGCCUUAUUUUUUUUUGAGCUUUGCUAACAAUUAAGGUGGCGAGAUACCAAAAAAUUUUCGGAAAAACAGCGCGGAGAGUCGUAAGUUAUUCCUAUUCUUCGCUUUUGAGAUUGCACCUCUGAUGCUCUAGCCUAGAUCCAUGAGCACUGAAGCUUACAGCAAAUGCUCAUCCACGCAGCCAGUAAAUGGAGACCUGGCUGUCAACAUUACACAAGAUGGAAGCCAAUCUGACCAUUGCCCAAUUCAAGAUCCCUUGCCAAACACGUGCGCCGAAUGCAAGAGGUCAUUUCCAACGAGAAAAGAACUCAAGUGCCAUGCUGAGUCAUGGAACCACACAAAGUUUGUGUUUAAGUGCUCAUGUGGUAACACAUUUGCACGUAGUGACGCUCUGAACCGACAUUGCAAAACCCUAUCACCUGCGGGCGAUGGGAAAUACCCGUGUACUUCCUGCAAGAGCCAUCGCGGGAAGCAUGCAUUCCGCCGCAAGGAUCAUCUUAUCCAACAUCUUCGCGGCUAUCAUAAAUUCGACUUCAAAGCUGUGAAGCCUUUGCUAGUGGACAAAGGCGAGCACUUUGUCAGGGCAUGUCCUCACCUUAACUGCGGCUUCCAUCGAGGCAAGGACUAUGAACUUCUUCCUUUAUCGCAUGAGAAAUUCUUGCAACGGCCGUUCGAAGGAAAACUUGAUUAUUACGGACACAUGAAAGAUGCUCACAACCAGACUCCGUUUCCUUGUUAUGUGGAUGGGUGCAUACGAGUUGGAUCUAAAGGGUAUACGACUGUGAACCUCCUCAUAGCCCAUUUGACGAAGAAGCAUCCACAGGAACAGAAGAUUAUAUGUCUAUGGGCUGGUCCUGAGAGGUUCUACGCUGUUUACUGCAAGGAUUGCAACAGUGAGUUCUUUGGUCUAGAAGAUCUCAGUCUCCACCGCCAAGCAGUUCAUCAAUCUGAUAAACUGGAUGCCUAUACCAAUGGCUGUGCAUCUACCCGGGGGAAUGGUUCCAAUAUACCUGCUGUUUGGCAGAAUGAUUCCAGGGUUGCAGUUGAGGAAGGGUCUAUCGCCAGUCCUUGAUGUCAUCGGCACUACUACUGUUUGGUUUUGGAAUCUCUGGCUUCUAGGCUUCGACAUCACAGAUUUCUUGUCAUGAAGUAUCAUUACCACCCCUAACCCCCGCGCCCCCUUAUAAAAAAAACAAAAAAAAACACAAACACACACACUCGCUCUCUCAUGCACACGCACACUCAAGGAGAAAGAGCAACGGCUUUGCUAUGAUUAUGAACCACGAAGAUUAUCAACAUUUCCUUCUACCUACUUGUCAGGAUUUUCCUUAGCACUCUCGUUUUAUCUUCUGUCCAAAGGGCAGGAUACAUGGU